AGAGCCUUAUGAGCCAGGAUAUUGGUUUGGUUGGUUUGCUUGAGCUUGGUUUGAGCUCAUUCAAGUUUAGGUUUGAGUAUUUAAUUUUUCGUGGUGUUAGCAUAAUGCACAUUGUUUUUGUUAUUGAUAUUUCUUGUAACUGAAACAAAUUUAUACAGAGUGACUUUUUAACCGUAUGUAAACUGAUAGUUGCGGAAAAAUACAUAGAUAAAAUCAUGUCAAUAGCAGAGAAAUUGACCCUCGACCGUGCGGCUAUGAAAAAUAGAGCAACGGCCCAUCUCCGUAUUUACGUUGGCGGUCUUAAAGAAAAUGCAACUGUGGAGGAAAUCUACGAACACUUUAUACCUUAUGGGCAGAUAAAUGGCAUUAUUGUAAACAGAAAUUUUGGCUUUGUCCAAUUUGAAGAAGAAUCUAGUGCUCAGGAAGCUAUUUCAAAAGCCAAUGGAAGUGUAUUUCAAGGGAAAUCAUUAAGUGUUCGUACAGCACAACAAAAUUCUGAUAGAAAACGUGAAACAGAAGUAGUCACAAUUCAACCAGAGAUACCUCCAGCUGUCGCACUAUCUGACAAUCUGCCGAUUGUCAUUGAAGAUGGGAAUGAUGAAGCUGUGUAUGACAGUUACGGAAACUAUGUAGGAGAACAAGGUUCAGUGUAUGCUGAAGAAGGUUACGACAAAGAAUAUGAAGACGGGUAUAUAGGCCACCAGGGCUGGAACGAACGCGGAGGGAAGCGGGGGCGCGGGAUGCCGCGGGGGCGGGGGCGGGGCGUACCGCGGGGAAGACCCGGGUAUAGGGAACCAGCGGCGCCUAGAGGUGAAUGGGCAGACCGACAAGCUUACGACAGGUUUCAGCCGCGCCCCGACUUCGGCAGAGCGCUGCCUGUGCCAGAGAAGAAUGACUGCGAAAUUAUUGUCGUCUCCAAGGCUCUCACCGAAUACGCCGAAUACAUCGAGUCCCGUCUAAAGCGUUUAGGAAUAGUGGUGGACCUCCUAUUCCCCAUGGAAGACGUUCCGAUCGGGAAAGUGUUGGGCAACAUCGCGUCCCGAGGCUGUCUGUACGCGAUACUGGUCAUGCCGGUGAAUCAGGAGCAUAGGUCAUUGACGCUCACCAUAUUGCACGGAUUGCCACAAGAACACCGCAACAUACCGCUAGAGGACGCUCUGCAGCUGCUUUCUCGAAACUUCCAAGAGGUACAACGAGGCGGGCCCGCCAGCCGCGAAGCCGUGUACGCGUUGUUGGGACAAUUGGCCGAUGGACGCACACUAACCGUUAUGCAGUAUGAGAAAGUUAUUGAGUAUUUACAGGAACGCAAAGAGCAGCAAGUCAAAAUAGAGUUAGGCGAGCCAUUGAACACUGCGCCGACCAGCAAAACGCAAGUGGACCUUCAGCAGAGGAUUCUCAGUAUCCUCAACGACAAGAAAGUGCUGAGCAAGGCCGAGCCCGCGCCCGCCCCCGCGCCCGUCCCCGCCCCCGCGCCCGCGCAAAAUAAACUACUCAACGACCCUACUGUUAGAAAAGCUUUAGACUCUAUACUUUCUAAAUACACGUAGAUAUUAUAAGUAGUUUUUAUCAAUAUGGCGUUUGACCCGUUUGCGUCUUCCCUAGAGAAGCCAGGGUUCUCUGUGCCCAUGGUCCUGGGGGUCAGCCACGAACGUUAAGGCAUAUCUAUUUAUCUCGCCUUAACCUCUGAGCUGCCGAACCCGCGAUCUGAUUUUUUCACACACACCGCACUCUUACACCGCAUUUGCCGCGGGAAAUCAAUUUUUCAAGCGAGAAUUCAGUAUUUCCAAACUUAUAGUACUCAAAACAAAAGACGUUGACGGCAGCUGAGAAGUUAAAGUUAUUUUUGUUCAGACAACCUCAAAGGUAGAGGAAAGGCAUACCUUGUUAACGUUAGUAAAUAUGACCCCAGAAAUGGGCGAGUCAGGUUGCACAUCUGACGAAACCCUGUUUACAUGAAA